GGAUUUGUUUGCUAGAGGAGGCUACCACAGGCGUCGCUUGAGACUAGGGGCAUUACGGUGAUAUCAGCGCUGCGCUGCACAACCGAGACAUCGACGUCUGCAUCCAUCGAACCCCAAUAUUGACGAGUAUCCCUACAGAGUGAUAUCGAUCGGUCUGCAGCCUGUGAGGCUGGGGACGUGUCCUGUCAAUGCCGUUGCAAACAUCGCGACUUUGCUAUCUCUGGGUCUGAGAGACACUCACACUAGCACAUGCUUCUACUGCAAGCAGGCAGUUUGAUUGCUUGUGUCUGCCAGUUGUUCAAUAUUCCCAGGGGUCCCCCCUCGAGAUCUCGGAUGGAAAUUACAACUAGUCCCAAAAGCCCGUUCCAUUCCUCGCCCGAGUUGCACACCAACCACACACUAACUUGGCGACGAACACCCUCCCACAGGGCCACAGGACAAGACUCAAUAGGGAGAACCAAGAGAACAACAAAACCACUUUACGCGUUCCCCUCCACAUCUCCACGCGACACGGCUCCCACAAGCCGACUAGGCGGCCCCCUUGGACGGACGCCGGACGGGGUCCUGCGCUGGAAUUGGCAGAUUUGCACUCUCGCAUCUGCAAGCCACCACGCAUCGCCUGGCUCCCCCACCGUAAGCCUGCACGUAAAACAAGAUUUCGCGCGAACGGCGUGCCUAGUUGUUUGGGAAAUACGGCCAUAGGGCCGCCUGGGACGGGUGUAAAAUGUAUUGUCCAAGGCGGCCCAUUGGCUACUCGGCCAUGAACUCAGAACCACCCCCAGACCUAGCUCGAAUC